CUUGUAGUACAGCCCUCGCCCUACCCCCGCUCUUGUAAUAUCUAAAUAAGUGAUAUCCAGAGAACUGAUAUAUUUACACCAAAAAGCAAGAGAGAAGAGGAUAAAAGCGUAAAACAAGGGAUAAGCAGAUUGGUGAGACAGCAGCUAUCUGGCAGUGCUGGAGUGGGCGGUUGCCAGCUCCAGUCAGCGGCAACAGCAGGAGCAGCAGCUGAGCGGGACCUGGCUGGCGGGAGCUGUGGUCACUAGUCGGGGGGGAAAUUCAUAAAAAUUGUAAAUCUUUCCUGAAUAUGGCGCCAUGAAGUUGUUUGCCAUACCAUACGGGACGCAACGCAGCCGGGUCGACCACUUCUGAGAAUGAACCAGACGUCUAGUGAGGAUAUCCGCCCCAGGACUUAGAGAACCCACCGCGGAUAUCAUAAACUAGAUAUUAGGUUCCGAUAACCAAGGAAGAGGGAGAAGGAGGUGGUUCGAGUGUAUUACAUUACCCACAAGUUUACAUAGAUUCUUCCCUCGCCGCGGAGAAUCUUACAGCGCUGAGUCAACCCUCAAACGGCCAUCUUUACAACUAAAGGUCACAUUCUGAAGCCGUAGCUGGUGGAGUGUGUGGAUAAUAAGGCCCAUACGGGUAUGUGUGUAUAGCUAUGUAAGAUUCUUACCCUCAUCACGAAUUUUGUACAAGUACUCCUUGGUGUGACCCGGCUGCUCCUAAUACAAGUUGAAAAAUGUGAUUGGCCCGCCCCUUUAUGUGACGUCACAAGCACCCACCGUCCCAUUGGCCGGAGUGUUCUUGGGGGAGGAGCGAGGCGCGCGCUGAUUGGCCAUGCUGCGUGGUUGGUGGAGUUUAGUCAAUCGAUAACACAUCCCGAGUCGGAGCCAAAUUAAAGGUAAAUAAUAGACGGCUUUCACAGUGAACGGACGUGUAUAGAGCGCGCUCUGUUGUGCCAUUCAUGUGACCCGGGUUACUCCAGCGACAAUACAGUGAAUAGUGUAGAGUGGAGACAACAAGUGGUGCUGUACUUGCUAACUAUCCCAGCAAGCCUGUGCAACGCCUCAAAUACUUGUGCUGGCCUAGAACCACGUGUAAAUUCAGUGCUAACUCCUCUUCGGCGAGCGACUAAGGAAGUCACCAUUGCCGGCGUCACGUCGUACAGUGCCCUGGCGUCGGGCGCUGAACAAAUUACGGCGGUGGAGGGAGCGCGGAGUGUGUGGGAGCGCCGGUGGCGUAGCAGCGGCAGACACGAUCCCAUCAGCUACAAGGAGCCACGCGAAGCCGCCACCCUGGAGUACUACAGCAGCGCGGCGCUCAAGCCCUCCAGCAUGCUGACCCUAGACCCACCAGACCUAAAGGGCGGCAGCUUACACUCUCCACAUCUCCCUCCCCACACUUCCCACUCCCAUUCCGUCCCUCAUGCCCACCACAACUCCCAUUCCCACACAUACUCCCUUUCCCACCACUCCUCCCUCACCUCGCUCAACUCCUCGCUUAGCUCGUCCCUCUCCACCCCCUCCCUGGCCUCCGUGGGCAGCAUGAGCGCCCACUCCCCGCCCCAGACACACGUCCCUACACCAACCAACAACAACAACACCAGCACAAACAAUAACAACAACGGCUCCAACAACAGCACGAGCAACAGUAGCAGCAACAGCAAGAGUAGCGCCUCCUCCUCCAACGCGGCUGCCGAGCGCGUCAAGCGGCCCAUGAACGCCUUCAUGGUGUGGUCCAGAGGCCAAAGACGCAAGAUGGCUCAGGAGAACCCCAAGAUGCACAACUCCGAGAUCUCCAAACGUCUCGGCGCCGAGUGGAAGCUUCUCUCCGAGACGGAAAAGAGGCCGUUCAUCGACGAGGCGAAGAGACUGCGAGCGGUGCACAUGAAGGAACAUCCAGACUACAAGUACAGUACACGAGGAUGCAGGGUGUCCCGUACUACACUCGAGCGCCUUCACUUCCCGAGCUGUAAAGUUAGACCACGGCGGAAGACCAAGACCCUCAUGAAGAAGGAUAAGUACCCACUGGCAUCAGGUCUCCUGCCUACAGAUCCUACCCGACCACCAGUACAGCAGGUGACCCGGGACAUGCGAGAUAUGUACAAUAUGACCAACGGGUACAUGCCAAACGGGGACUAUGGCGACUACGGUGAGUGGAGCAACAAGAGAGAUCGCUGUCUUUAUAUUCGUCUGCCCAACUACCCCGGGCUCGACCCUAAACAAACUUACCAAAAUUGUCAACCAAGAACCAAUUUUCAAUGUUCCUAUUUCUCAGGGUAUGGUUAUGACAGCGCAGCCUACGGUGGACAGAGCUACCCCUACAUGACAGGCCAGAUGUACGGCGGGUAUGACAUGACAAGGGGUUAUUCGCCCACCUCCAGCACCCCCUCCUACAUGAACGGCUCCUACAGUCCAGCCAUGUAUGCCUCGGCUCCUUCCCCUUACUCCAUGAGCCAGAUGGCGUCCAUGGCCUCAGUGGGUUCAGUGGGUUCGGUGGGCUCGUCAGCGUCCCACUCACCCACUCCGAUCAAGUCUGAGACGCCCACUUUGCCCGUGUCCUCGCCAGGCGCUACCAUGCCGCCCUCUGCCACCCACACGACAGCAGGUGAAUAUCAAACAGGUGUGAUGAAGCGGGAAUAUGGCACAGGAGGUCCGGGCCAACAAGACCUGUCCCAGAUGAUCUCCAUGUACCUGCCGGGGUCCCAGGAACGCCACGAGCAGCAGAAGGCCGUCGCCGCCGCUGCCUACAUGUCUCACGCCCACUACCACGCCCAUGGCGCAGCCUCGCCCGACCAGAUGCCGCCCGCGCCCAUGCCUCUCGCCCAUAUGUAACGGGCAGGGUCACCCGGAAUAGUCGGUGAGACGCGCCCGCAGGCUCGGGGGGGGAGAUGGCCACGGACCCCCCCAUCAUCGCCCACUUAUCCAGGAGGCCGCCCACGCCGCCCACCUUAUUCUGCAGACCGCCCAAGCGAUACCUAGACCACCCAGAGCAAACAAAAUCUAAGACCACAUCACGUAAUAUCCUCCUAGACCAUCCCAAAGACCACCCACGCCCACGCCACCCAUAAGAUGUCCUCGCCACCCAUAAGACGCCCACGCCACCCAUAAGAUGCCCACGCCACCCAUACGAUGCCCACGCCACCCAUAAGACACCCACGCCACCCAUAAAUUAUCAUUGCUAUCUUCAAGAGGUCUUCAACCUGUUAAAACUGAACCUUUAACCACAAGGUCCCAGCGCCAUCCACACCCCUCACGAGGUACCAGGGCCACUCACAAGGUACCAGGGCCACUCACGAG